AUGAAGCCCAACAGCGUGGCGCGUGUCUGGAGCCGGAUCUGUAACUGUCGUCUGGAGUCCCGGUCGUGUAGGGACGUCCUGGCCGAGUUCCUGGGCACUCUCAUCCUCACGCUCAUCGGGGACUCGGUCCUUGCGUCUCUGACGGCGUCCAGGCUCGGAUAUUUUGGCAUUGCAGCAGGACCGCUGGGCUGGGGACUCGCGGUUUAUCUCGGCAUCAUCGUCGCUGGUGGCGUCUCCGGCGGCCACCUCAACCCCGCCGUCACCCUGGGACUAGCCUCCGCCGGGAAAUUCAAGUGGGCCAAGGUGCUCCCGUACAUCGCGGCGCAGUACCUGGGCGCCUUCGCCGCUGCAGGGCUUAUCUUCCUCCUCUAUCAGGACGCCCUCUACAAGGUGGACGGUGGCAUGCGCGUGGUCUACGGUCCAAACGCCACCGCUUCCGUCUUCUCCUGCUUCCCGGCACCCGAGGUCCGCACGUUGACCUGCCUCCUGGACCAAGUGGUCAGCACCGCUGUCCUCCUGGUCAGCAUCUGCGCCAUCGUGGAUCCCAAGAAUAUGGCUGUCCUCAAGGGACACCAGCCCCUGCUGAUUGGGUUCGCGGUGGCAGCCUGUAUGUACGCCUUCUCUUACAACUGCGGCAAUCCGCUGAACCCAGCCAGGGAUCUGGCGCCAAGAAUCUUCACUGCAAUGGCCGGCUGGGGCUGUGACGUCUUCUCAAUCCGAGGCUACAACUGGUUCUGGGUGCCUGUUGUGGGCCCUCAUGUGGGUGGCGUCGUCGGUGUCUGGGUCUACAAGUUUGCCGUGGAGAACCACUGGGCUACCGAUGCUGCUGCAGUCGUCGGAAAAACACCCGAAGAGGAGCAUGACUACGAAGGGAAGCGCCGCCUUCUACGACAAGACACUCAUUACAUUGAGGCUGACAUUGCAUCGUAGCUGGCAUCGGCGA